AGAUUUGACAUAGGUUUCAUCGCUUUCACACAAGUACUUUUCUAUUUUUUUACUACGUAACUCAAAUGGAGUACCAUAAAGGAUAAACACUCUGUCUUCUUUUUCUCCAUUUGCAGUAUCACUCUUAUUUGAAAUCAUGGAAAAUGGGAGCUAUAGCUCUUAUUUCAUUCUCCUAGGACUCUUUAAUCACACCAGAGCCCACCAAGUCCUCUUCAUGAUGCUUCUGAGUAUCGUUUUCACCUCCCUGUUUAGCAAUUCCCUCAUGAUUCUCCUGAUUCACCGGGACCGCCGGCUCCACACGCCCAUGUACUUCCUCCUGAGCCAACUCUCCCUCAUGGACGUGAUGCUGGUUUCCACCACUGUGCCCAAAAUGGCGGCUGACUACUUGACCGGAAAUAAGGCCAUCUCCCGCGCUGGCUGUGGUGUGCAGAUCUUCUUCCUCCCCACACUGGGUGGUGGAGAGUGCUUCCUCUUAGCAGCCAUGGCCUAUGACCGCUAUGCGGCUGUCUGCCACCCACUCCGAUAUCCCACUCUCAUGAGCUGGCAGCUGUGCCUGAGGAUGACCAUGUCGUGUUGGCUCCUGGGUGCAGCUGACGGGCUCCUGCAGGCUGUUGUUACCCUGAGCUUCCCAUAUUGCGGUGCACAUGAGAUCGAUCACUUCUUCUGCGAGGCCCCCGUGCUGGUUCGUUUGGUUUGUGCUGACACUUCAGUCUUCGAAAACGCCAUGUACAUCUGCUGUGUGUUAAUGCUCCUGGUGCCCUUGUCCCUCAUCCUGUCCUCCUAUGGUCUCAUCCUCGCUGCUGUUCUGCACAUGCGCUCUACAGAAGCCCGCAAGAAGGCCUUUGCCACCUGCUCUUCACAUUUGGCUGUGGUGGGACUCUUUUAUGGAGCUGGCAUUUUUAACUAUAUGAGACCCAAAUCCCACAGGUCCACUAACCACGACAAGGUUGUGUCAGCCUUCUAUAGUAUGUUCACCCCUUUACUCAACCCCCUCAUCUACAGUGUGAGGAACAGUGAGGUCAAGGGAGCCCUGACAAGGUGUAUGGGUCGGUGUGUGGCCUUAAGUCGUGAAUAAGAGUAUAUACGUUUGCCCCAACAUUCAAAACUGUGCAAAGUGUUUGUGUGGAAUUUCCUAGAAAUAAGGAAUAUACACUUUUAUAUCUACAUCUGUUGUCUCUCUCUCUCUCUCUGUGUGUGUGUGUGUGUGUGUGUGUGUGUUUGUGUGUUGCUUUGAAUUGCAGAUGAAUCUUCAUUCCUCGGGUUCAUUUACUCAGCUAUCAUUAUCCAAUCAAAUCAUGGAUUGUUAAAAAUCGGUGAACUCACUAAUCCUUAGUAAGAUGGUUUUACAUCAUACCUCACAAUAAUUUUUUGUUCAAAGAAUGAAUUAACCAUUCAAGCAGUUUUGAAAGUUGUUGCCAUUUGUUUCAAAUUGAGGUGUAGCUUACACACAGUAGAAUGCUCGCAUUUAAGAUGUUCCUUUUCAACUAAUUUCCACAAAUAUCUACCCUGAUAAUUCACCCAUUAGGAAGAGACACCAUUUUCACCACCUCAGAAACGUCCUGCAGGCCCUUUUCCAGUGAUACCCCAGGCCUAAGAUACAUCCACUGCUCUAAUUUUUAUCUCUGUUCGUUAGUUUGGGCUAUUCUAAAAUUUCACACCAAAGGAAACAAAUAGUAUGGUCUUGAAUCUUGUUUCCUUCUUUCAGCUUAAUAUAUUUCUAAAAUCCCUCCACAUUUUUACCUCAUUGUUACAUUGCUAUUUUUUACUGCUAAGUAGUAUUUUGUUUUCUGAAAAUUUCAUCAUUUGUUUAUCCAUUAUUUUGCUGAUGGACAUCUGGGCUAUUUUCAGUUUGAAGUUCUGGUGACUGAAAUGUAUGUUAAUCUCCUAUUUGUAAUCAUAUGUUUUUAUUUUUCUUGGUAGGUGUCUGGUGAACUCUUCAGUAAACUGUUUUCAAAGUGGUUGUUUACUCUUAUACUGCCGCUGACAAUGCACACAAGUUCCUGUUGCUCCAAAUGUCGAUGUUUUCUUCAUUUUAGCAAUUUUUCUGAGUGUAGUAGGAACUCAGUUUGCUUUUAAUUUGCAUUUUCCUGAUGACUAAUAAUGCUGAGGCCUCUUGCGUUAGCUUAUUAUCUAUUGCCUAUUGAUGUAAACUGUCUACUUCAGUUUUUGGAAAAAAAAAUCUGUAUAUGCUUCCAAAGCGAAAACAACUUGGUCAUUAACUAAUAGGCAAUCUAUGGCAUUCAUAGGACUACUUGGAAUUUUGGA